AGUCCGGAAAAAACACUUUGUUUAGGGUUUCGAAGGCUCAAAGCAUUGUAACCAGCAGCUCUAGGGUUUUAGACCUCAUUCUCACUUCUAUCUGCAUUUUAUUAUAGAUCUGCAGAUAUGGUGCAGUAUAAUUUUAAGAAAAUUACGAAAGUACCUACGGGGAAGGAUUUUGUUGAUAUAGUACUCAGUCGAACCCAGAGGCAAACGCCUACUGUCGUUCACAAGGGCUAUGCAAUCAAUCGCAUUCGUCAGUUUUACAUGCGGAAAGUGAAGUUUACACAAACGAAUUUUCACGAAAAGCUCUCUACCAUCAUCGAAGAGUUCCCGAGGCUUGACGAUAUCCAUCCUUUCUACGGUGAUCUUCUUCACGUUCUUUAUAACAAAGAUCAUUACAAACUCGCCCUUGGUCAAAUCAAUACCGCUAGAAAUCUUAUUAGUAAAAUCGCCAAAGAUUAUGUGAAGCUGUUGAAAUAUGGCGACUCGCUCUAUCGGUGCAAAGCGUUAAAGGUUGCUGCUCUUGGUCGUAUGUGUACUGUAACGAAAAGAAUUGGUCCUAGUUUGGCGUAUCUUGACCAAAUUAGACAACACAUGGCGAGACUACCGUCGAUCGACCCCAACACUAGGACCAUUCUGAUCUGUGGGUAUCCGAAUGUUGGGAAAAGUUCGUUUAUUAACAAAAUUACUAGAGCCGAUGUUGAUGUCCAGCCGUAUGCUUUUACCACAAAGUCGUUAUUUGUUGGUCAUACUGAUUAUAAAUACCUGAGGUAUCAAGUUAUAGAUACCCCAGGGAUUUUGGAUAGACCGUUUGAAGAUCGUAAUAUUAUCGAAAUGUGUAGUAUAACAGCGUUAGCACAUCUAAGAGCCGCGGUUCUGUUUUUUCUUGAUAUAUCUGGUUCUUGCGGGUACACAAUCGCGCAACAGGCGGCACUUUUUCACAGUAUCAAGUCUUUGUUUAUGAACAAACCGUUGAUUAUAGUCUGCAACAAGACCGAUUUGCAGUCACUGGAAGGAAUAUCAGAGGACGACAAGAAGUUGGUUGAGGAAAUGAAAUCAGAAGCGAUGAAAACAUUAAUCGGUCAAGGUGGCGAGCCGAGAGAAGGUGCUGAAGUGCUUUUAACGAUGAGCACGUUGACCGAACAGGGUGUGAUUGCGGUUAAAAACGCUGCUUGUGAACGGUUAUUAGAUCAAAGAGUUGAAGUUAAAAUGAAGUCUAAGAAGAUAAACGAUUGUUUAAAUCGAUUUCAUGUUGCUGUUCCGAAACCACGUGACCAGAAAGAAAGACCGGCGUGCAUACCGCAAGCUGUGCUCGAAGCGAAAGCUAAAGAAGCAGAAAAAGAAAAGAAAAAGCUUGAACGGGAUCUCGAAGAAGAAAACGGUGGUGCGGGUGUUUAUUCUGCUAGCUUAAAGAAACAUUAUCUGCUUGCGAAUGAUGAAUGGAAAGAAGAUAACAUGCCGGAAAUUCUCGACGGGCACAACGUAUACGAUUUUGUAGACCCCGAUAUUUUACAACGGCUUGAAGAGUUGGAGAAAGAAGAAGGUCUUCUGCAGGAGCAGGACGACGAUGAGGUGGACAUGGAUGUAGAGGAUUUGACCCCACAACAGCAAAAGGAGCUAGCGGAAAUCAGGAGAAAGAAAAGCAUACUCAUCAGAGAACACAGAAUCAAAAAGAGCACUGCGGAAAGCCGACCUAUCGUGCCGAGAAAAUUCGAUAAAGACAAGAAGUUCACUUCCGAGAGAAUGGGUCGACAGCUGUCAUCUUUGGGACUUGACCCGUCUAAAGCAAUCGAACGGGUUCGAAGCAAGUCUAGGGGUCGUAAGAGGGAGAGGUCAACUGAUCAUGGCGGUGAUGAUAUGAAUGUGGAUGAUGACGGUUCGAAUAAGAAGAUGAGGUUGAGGUCAUUGUCUAGGCCCAGGUCAAGGUCGAGUUCAAGACCGCCAACGGAUGUGGUGGUCCCUGGUGAGGGGUAUAAGGAUUCGGCUCAAAAGAUUCAGGCGUUUAAAAUGGGUAAGAAAUCUGUUUACAAGAGGAACAAGGAUGCUCGAAAGGGUGAGGGUGAUAGAGUUAUUCCUAAUCUGAAACCGAAGCAUUUGUAUUCUGGCAAGCGGUCUAAUGGCAAGACUACUAGGCGUUGAUGAUGAUGUUAAGACUUUGAAUGUUAUGGAAGUGAGAGCCUGCAAUUUUGGAAGUUGUUUGGAUGUUAUUUGUUUAGUUUUUGCUUAUAAAUUUUUGAACUUUUGAACUUGAAAUUUACAUUUAAAUGUUUUUGGUGAAAUUAUAUACAUUUAUUACGGGUGCGUGUCUGAAUGAAAAUGUUAUGUUAGGCAAUUUGAGUUGAGAAGUAAGUCUA